ACGCUGGACGCAAUGAGGCGAUCCUCAAAGCGCGACCGGUAGUCGAACCGCGUGCACGCCGAGUACGAGGAACAGCAAGUGCGCGAGGACUCUCACGCAUACCGGAUUCUUUCAAUCUUCCUGUUUUCUUUCACGCUUCCCUCCUACUUUCCCCUGUAACUCGCGGCCCGAUCGUCUCGGAAACAACCAGGAUGAGGCGGAACCGAGUGCCGAUCGCGAAGACGUGAGUAACCGACUGGAUGUCGCCGAAGAUCCCGUGGCGUCGCGAUCGGUCGCGUUAUCGGCACCUUCCGCAGAGAAUCGGCACGCAGCGACGUCGGACAUCGGUGAGGUGGUCCUCGGUUUCUCUUCUUUAAGACCAGACUCGCGAUUUAUGUGUUUAACGCUCGCAGCCCGAUUGCGCGGCCAGGACUGAUCGUGCGAUGCGCAUCGCGAACACGUUCGGUUGCCAAAUCGACUUCGAAUGUGCGAGCGCGGCUUCGAGUUUGCGGGAACGAUCGACGGCAAAAGUGGCCCGGGAAUGACGAUCGACUGAGGAUCGUGCGAUAAGGCCGGCGAGGACUGUGAGGAAAACGAUCAGCUGCUCCAAAUCGACAUCCCCGGGACUCGCCGGGGGACCGCGCCCGGAUCCGCGCAAUUUCGCGUGCCAGGUCAGAUUAUCGAGGAGCCCGCGUUAAUCCCUCGACCCUCGGCCGCUCGGUCCCGUCAACAUGAAGAACUGACUUUCGGCGGAUCUCGGUCCCGAGGCGGAGCCGACGAAAGAAUUCGCCGGUCCACGUCGACCCGCGUCGCUCUGGGUGAAUCACGAUGGUGGUUUCCCCGCGCGAGCAUGCCGUUGCCAUCGGAAAUCCGUGCUUGUCGCUGUGUCUGGGGCACGAGAUGAGUCACGAGGAUACGUUGAUUCGAAGUGAGCGCGGAUGAAGUGAUUACGAGGACUCGCUGGAUUUCCAAAUCGCGGACCAUUUCGGUCCGCGGGCGUUCGAAGGGAUCAGGAUGCGGUGGAUCGGUUACGUGGCCACGAUUCUCUGGUGGUCGGGCAUCGCCAGGUCUCUCAGCACGCUGAAUCGAGGUCACAGUUACAAAAUCAGCCCAAAGCCCUGCAAAGUGCCCGGUUCUGAGGGUAAGGAAGGCACGUGCAUGUUUGUGUGGGAGUGCAUCAAGUCCGAGGGCACGCACGUGGGCGUGUGCGUGGAUACUUUCAUGUUCGGCAGUUGCUGCGUCCACAACACGACGGUAAACGCAAUAAGCUCGUCGCAGCAGCAUCCUCAUCAACAUCAUACUCAUCCUCACCAUCAUCAACAGCAACAACACGACAAUCUGUCGAGUACGCAUAGGCCAACCCUGCUCUCGGCCGGGAACGAGUCGACCAGACUGACGUCAACCUCCCUCUCGAGCUCUUCCUCGUGGAUGGCGUCGAGCACGGCUAGACCGAGUCUCCAUCAUUUCUCAGAAUCUCACAGUCCUGUCGAAGGCUCGACCAGGCCGAUGAAACCGAACGGGCUCGCGCGACCCUUGCAGAAGAGGCCGCACGCCAAGCCGACGUCCGAGCACGACGUCGACAGAUCGCAGACGCCCGCGAUACCCGCCGCGUCUCCGUCCUCGUGGGGCGAAGAAAGACCGCAGGAUAACAAGAGACCCGGUCAUCCGCACCAAAAGAUCAGGCCGGCAACGGCAAGCGAGAAGCCUUCGUCUAGCCCGAGUCAGCCGGGCUUCAAAGAUAAGCUGGACGCUGCUCAUAAUAUUUUAGCGGUACGUCUGCCGGCGAAGGAACACGCGUCGCCAGAGAACGAAGUCGCCGGAUCGACCUCCAGCAAGCCGAGCAAGCCGAGCAAGCCGAGCAAGCCGAGCAAACCGAGCAAUCAGAGGCCUUUUGAAUCGAGACCAGAUGAUGGCAAGACUGAAGACGCCGAUCUCUCCGUGCAGGAGACGAUACACCGACCAAACGUUAACUCCGUCAUGGAAAGUGAAACGGCGAAAGAGCCCCAUCCGAGUUUGAAUUUCAUACACACCGAGCGACCGCACUGGGCGACCAAACCCGCGCAGUCGAAACCGACGACGGAUUUCUCCAAGCCGUACUUCUCCAUCAAAACGACCACUUACCGGCCAAUCUCGAUAAGUAGCCAAGCAGAUCAUCGGCCGAAUUUCAUCUCGAAGCCGAAUACUUGGUCACUGUCCACAAAAACGUCCACGACGACUGCUAAGCCGACGUAUAUGAAGCAACCUUCCACUAGCGCAGCCGGAUCCAUACCACAAACCUCUCAUUGGCAAGUGACCACAGAACCGGCGUUCGUCACGAAGCAAAAACCCUCAUCGCUAUCGUCAUCAUCGUUCUCAUUGCCGUUUUCGUCGUCGUUAUCGCCUUCGUCGCCUUCGUCGUUCUCCUCGUCCUCAUCCUCAUCUUCGCCGUCCACAUCAUCGUCAUCCAAGCCGAUAACCACGAUUACUGCAUCAGAGACCGUAAGAGUGCCACCUUCAGGUACGAGCUCUCAUUUCUGGUCAAACAGCUGGACACCGCCUAGACCGUCCUUGAAACCGCAUUGGACGGACAAUCCUGGUCUUCUGCAGAACGGCCCUGAAAACUUCCCGCCACGACCGAGUUUCAAACCGACCGAAUCGCUGCAAAGCACCGAGUACCAGAAACCUCUGGGCUCGGCGCACUACAUAACGACGUCCCACUUGGAGACUUCAACUAGGCCGCGGCCCACGAAGAAAACCACAACGCUCAGCACAACGUCGUCCACAUUGAUGUCCUCGACCACCACCACCACCACCACCAGCAGCAGCAGCAGUAGCACGGCCAGCCCGAUGACCGCGAUGGCAACAAUGACGACUACGAGUAGCACGACAAGCGCAAGUACCGCGAGUGUCACCACCACGACGCAGGGACCGUCGACCACCGGCGCCGAAGUAGCGGCGAGCGAGAAAACAGGUUCGGUGAUGACGGUCGCAGCCGCCGACGAGAGUAAGGGCAUGCAAUGCGGCGUGCCGCCGUUAUUUCCUCGGCCGGAAACGAGGAUUGUCGGCGGUAAGGACGCGCCGUUCGGCCGGUGGCCUUGGCAGGUGUCUGUGCGCCGGACCUCCUUCUUUGGCUUCUCAAGCACCCAUCGGUGCGGCGGCGCGGUGCUCAACGAGAAUUGGAUCGCCACGGCGGGCCAUUGCGUCGACGAUUUGCUGACGUCGCAAAUCCGAAUACGAGUCGGCGAGUACGACUUCUCGUCGGUGCAGGAGCGGCUGCCCUACGUGGAACGCGGCAUCGCCAAGAAGGUCGUGCACCCGAAGUACAACUUCUUCACGUACGAGUACGACUUGGCGUUGGUGCGACUCGAGAGUUCCUUGACCUUCGCCGCGCACAUCUCGCCCAUCUGCCUGCCGGCCACGGACGAUCUCCUGAUCGGGGAGAACGCGACGGUUACCGGCUGGGGAAGGUUGAGCGAGGGCGGCACACUGCCCUCGGUGUUGCAGGAGGUCUCCGUGCCGAUAGUGAGUAACGACAGGUGCAAGUCGAUGUUCUUGAGGGCCGGCAGACAUGAGUUCAUACCGGACAUCUUCCUCUGUGCCGGUUAUGAGACUGGCGGACAAGACUCCUGCCAGGGCGAUUCCGGAGGUCCUCUUCAAGUUCGCGGGAAGGACGGCAGAUACUUCCUCGCUGGUAUCAUAUCCUGGGGCAUUGGAUGCGCGGAGGCCAACUUGCCCGGCGUUUGUACACGGAUCUCUAAGUUCGUGCCGUGGAUUUUGAAGAACGUCACCUGAUCUGCUUUACGGAAGCGGCGGAUCGAACGCGAGGACCGUAAAACAGCGGGAAAAUCCGGCGAAGUUUUUUCGCGUGCAAGUAAGCGAUUCGUAAUGUGUUGUGAACUGCGCGAUGUCAAAGGGCGCCAUCCUACUUCCUGGUCGCAAAUGUCUUGUCUCUGUUAUCAUUUGCAUUUAUUUAUUUGCAUCUACACUGCCGCUCACGAAAUAACAAUGUGGUUACACAGAGAGAAAGAUAUAUAUAUAUAUAUAUAUAUAUAUAUAUAUAUAUAUAUAUAUAUAUAUAUAUAUAUUCCGCACUGGAAGGAAAGUUGAGACCUCGUCAUCUAUCAUCGUCGAAUUAUCAAAUAUGUUCUAGCGACGUAUGCGAAAUCCCGUGCAUUGUAACAGCACACACUGAACUGUAUUUAUAUAUAAAUCUAAGUAAGGAAAUAAUAUAUUUGCUAGACUAAGGAUAGUUAGAUAACCGAGGGAAGUCUGAGUUGUAAUAAAGAGACCGAAGGAGUUAGACCGAUAGACUAAAGGGUACGUCGUUACCAUUGAUGUCACUUUGCUCCGAACAUGAACGUUACGACACACAAAACUUUCGAGCACAUCAAUAGUAAAUCUACUGCAAAGUUUAUGAAAACAAUUUUCAAGUCAAGCAGCGUAAGCUCUGCGGGCUCGAGGAGUUUAACUCCUCCAAUAGUCAACUUGACAUACUGAAGAAGAAUUGUUGAAAAAACUGAAGAAACCGAAGAGAAUCACAAAGAAUAUGGUAUGUUUGAAUUUUUAUAAUUACCAUAAUUUCAUAAUUUCCGUAAUUUUUGCAGCAAACAUACGAUGAACACCUUUGUUAUAUCAAUUGGGAGAGUGCAUAAAAGUUCUUGCCCUUUUCACUCUACAGCGUGGAAUAACUCGGAACGUUCUUCCAUAUGCUCAAUCCUGCACACAUUUCAGGUUACACACUGCCUCUCUUUCUUAUCUUUAUACUUCUUUAUUUACAGAUAGGAAUUUUGUACAGAGCACAACGUUAUAAUUGCGUAUGUUUGAUAAUAGUUGCGUGCGAGCUAGGAGAGGAGAGAGGAGUCUACAUUAUAAAGUAUAAAACUAUUUAUAAGUAUCGCCAAAUAAACGAGUGUUUAUUUAAACCUUAA